AUGGAGCAAAGCAAUCCCGCAGAAGAGCAAUGUCUUAUCGACCCAAAUCCCGAUGUGGUCGGAGUAGGGAUCCGCGCGUCGUUAUACGUGCUCGCGCUCUCAUACCACAUCUUCAGCUACGUCUUCAACUCAGCCGAGCUCUCUGGCGCUAUUGAAUCAUCCCUCGGCGUCACCGGCCUUGCCCUUUUCCUGACCGCUGUCAUCACGACCGCCACCCAGUCACUCGGGCUCUUCCACGCCCUGUGCGUAUUCCACCUGCUUGGCAUCGUGGGCCUUUCCGCCCAUCCUCGUGGGCGAUACCCAGGGGGAGUGGUGCGGAGGGUUGUCUUCAUGGCGUUCUACGUGGUGGUCAUGACGGGAUCCUUGGCAUAUCUGAUCUAUGUUUUUGCGACCGCGCCGACAUUUGGUGAUCAGGCCGAGUGCAACAACACCACGGUGUAUGUGCUCUUUGGGGUGAAUAUCCCCGCAACAAGUCCUGGUCUGCGCUGGACGCUGGUGGCUGCGCUUUCUCUUUUGCUGCUGGGUUUCGGCUGCUGGCUGCUUUUCGUUGGCUGCAUAGCUGUUGAUGCGAUGUUUGGUCGCAAGGUACCCCACGAUGUGUUUGGAGCGCAGGAUGUGAAUCUAGGGAACAACAAGAGCAAACCGCCGCUGUAUCAACUUAUCAGCUAUUUGGCCGGUACCAUAUACCUGAUUGUGAUGCUCGAGUUGACUAUCCAGCGGAACGCGCUGGCUCCAGGUCUUGAGGAGUGGAGUUUUGGUCAGAUUCUCGCCAUGACCAUGCUGAUAGGGCCGCUGAUCGAGCUUGCUUCACUUCUGUUGGGGAAGAUUGAUGGUGUUCAUGAUCACGACUUGGUUCUGGCGUCUGGAAGGUGA